GUGACAUUCAUUAACCGAUGAUUAUUUUCAACCAACCACAAAGAUAUCGGGACCCUAUACCUAAUUUUCGGCGCCUGAGCCGGAAUAGUAGGUACCGCCCUAAGCCUCCUCAUUCGAGCAGAACUAGGCCAACCCGGAGCCUUACUAGGAGACGACCAAGUAUAUAACGUUGUCGUCACAGCCCAUGCUUUCGUAAUAAUUUUCUUCAUAGUUAUACCCAUCAUAAUUGGAGGAUUCGGAAACUGACUAGUCCCCUUAAUAAUCGGAGCCCCAGACAUAGCAUUCCCACGAAUAAACAAUAUAAGCUUCUGACUUCUCCCCCCCUCGUUCCUCCUGCUACUAGCAUCCUCAACAGUCGAGGCAGGAGUCGGAACAGGCUGAACAGUAUACCCACCACUAGCCGGAAAUCUAGCCCAUGCCGGAGCCUCAGUAGACCUAGCCAUUUUCUCACUUCACUUAGCAGGUAUUUCCUCCAUCCUAGGAGCAAUCAACUUCAUCACAACAGCAAUCAAUAUAAAACCACCCGCCCUAUCACAAUACCAGACCCCCCUAUUCGUAUGAUCUGUCUUAAUUACUGCAGUCCUACUUCUCCUAUCCCUCCCUGUCCUUGCCGCAGGAAUCACAAUACUUCUCACAGACCGCAACCUAAAUACAACAUUCUUCGACCCUGCAGGAGGAGGAGACCCAGUACUAUACCAACAUCUCUUCUGAUUCUUCGGCCACCCAGAAGUUUACAUCCUAAUCUUACCAGGAUUCGGCAUCAUCUCCCACGUCGUAACCUACUACGCAGGUAAAAAAGAACCAUUCGGCUACAUGGGGAUAGUAUGAGCCAUACUAUCAAUCGGAUUCCUAGGAUUCAUCGUCUGAGCCCACCAUAUAUUUACAGUAGGAAUAGACGUAGACACCCGAGCAUACUUCACAUCUGCAACCAUAAUUAUCGCCAUCCCAACCGGCAUCAAAGUGUUUAGCUGACUAGCAACACUCCACGGAGGAACAAUCAAAUGAGACCCACCAAUACUAUGAGCUCUAGGAUUUAUUUUCCUAUUUACCAUUGGAGGGCUAACCGGGAUUGUCCUAGCAAACUCCUCACUAGACAUUGCUCUACACGACACCUACUACGUAGUAGCCCACUUCCACUAUGUCCUAUCAAUAGGAGCAGUAUUUGCUAUCCUGGCAGGAUUCACUCACUGAUUCCCCCUAUUCACAGGAUAUACACUUCACUCAACAUGAGCCAAAGUGCACUUUGGAGUAAUAUUCGUAGGAGUAAACCUAACCUUCUUCCCCCAACACUUCCUAGGCCUAGCCGGCAUACCACGACGAUACUCAGACUACCCAGAUGCCUACACAAUAUGAAAUACUAUCUCAUCAGUAGGCUCACUUAUCUCCCUAACAGCUGUAAUUAUACUAGUAUUUAUCAUCUGAGAAGCCUUCGCAUCUAAACGUAAAGUACUACAACCAGAACUAACAAGCACCAACAUCGAAUGAAUCCACGGAUGCCCACCACCCUUCCACACAUUCGAAGAACCAGCCUUCGUCCAGGUUCAAGAAAGG